AAAUGAAAAUAUAUUUUCGAUAACAGAGAAAUUAGAUAAAAUUGAUUAAUUGAUGCAAAUAGUCGAUUUAUUACUUUAGUACAAUGACAACUUGAAUCAAAAAAGAUGCGGAUAAGUGUGUUUAUUUUGAGUUUAUUUUUAUUAAGGCCUUCGCAGGCCAGUAACAACGGUAAAUGUGAAAUAACAGACAUAACUGACGAUGAAUGGGAAGUGUAUCUUCAACCGUCAGAAAAAGUUUACGAUGAUGUUAAUAAUAAAGUUAUAUACCAAAGUCCUUAUACCAAUAAACUAACUGAUUUGAAAUGUAUUUGUACAAGCGACAGUUGUAAAAAGGAAUAUGAUUAUAUUAAAAUCGAAAAUAAUGAAGCGGAAUCAAAAUUCAUUAUUUCCACAUCGGAUCAUAUGACUGAUUUGGACGCUGAUACUGAAAAAAUUCAACAAUCUUCCAUAAGGGUGGUAUAUAGUUGUACAAUGAAAUGUAAUACGGAUCAAACAAGUACAUUGCCAAUCUAUAUCGAUAUUUACGACAAAAAUAAUCAUGAACCCGAGUUCGAAGAAGAAAAUUAUAAUUAUAAAGUCGCCUCUCCGAUAAUGCCCGUUACGGAUUUUACUCUAUACGGCGAUUCUAUAAAAGCUGAAGAUUUGGAUUUUUCAAAUACCGAAAUGACCUUCACGAUAGAACCCAACGAUUUUGAUAUAACCACCACGGUCGAUUAUAAUAAUACCAAAAAGUAUAUAGCAAAUAUUAGAGCCAACAAAGCAUUAACAAUUAGCUCAUCUAGAAUCUACACGCUCACAGCUACGGAUGGUGGUACUGACCCUGGUCCCCUCAAUAAAACCGUCAAAAUAACAAUCGAUGUUGACGAAACGUUGAGUUUAGAUUUUCCUUACUUUGUAUAUCCAGACGAUAAUCUAGCUGCUUACAAAUUCGACUACGAUUUUAACGAGAACAAAUUGAUACCUCUAACCGGAAAUAUAACAUUACAUACGACCAGAUCGGAAGUCACUGACAUUCAUUUGUUAGGAGAAAUGGAAGAUUCUUUUGAAGUGAAAUUUGAUGCAGCGUCAAAAACUUUCGAACUCUCUUCACCGGCAAGAAUUGAAGAUCCGGUUUCGGCGUCUACGGCGUUGAUUUUGAGUUUAAAAACCGAUACGGAAGCGUCUACACCGAUCAUCAUUCAAUUUUCCAACGUUCCGACAAGUGGGGUGACGUUUAAAGACCACAGCUACACUGGAUCUUACGACGAUGUUAAUAACGUUGUAAAUAUGAAUGAAAAUAUAGAAUUGAUCAUCAAAACAACCAAAAAACCAACGUUUAAUAUCACUGGAGAUUUAUCAGACAACUUUGGGGUAGAUUUUGACGAGGAUACCAAAGUAUGUACGAUAAAAGUUGAAAAUAACUUAACGCCCGAACAAAUAUCAUCGAAAACGUAUUUAACACUAACUAUUCAAGCAACUGUAGAUACAGAUACAGACAAAACUGUUAUAGUAAUUCAGUUACCAGUACAUAAGCUCCAAUUUACUAAUAUAUUAUAUACAGCUACUUAUAAUGACGAUGAUACUGUUGAUAUCGAUAAUGAAAAUCCUAUUGGGUUUACAACGGACGUUACUGACGUGAAAAUAACAAUUGACGAACAAUACUCGCAAUAUUUCGAAAUAACUGAUAAAUUCGCUAUAGAAGUCCGGGCUCCACUACCCACAGAUAUUUUAUCUUCACAAACCGAAUUAGCAUUAGCCCUAGCAGCUGAAGAUGUUUACGGUAACCAACCGCAAGCUGUUGUUAAAAUGAUUCUACCCCUCCAAGACACAAUGGAAGCUCCAAAGUUUUCCAAACCCUACUACACCGUUAAUUACAAAGAAAAUGCGACUGUUAUCGAUUUUACUGAUCCUUUAUCCUUUGAUAAUGUCGAUGAUCCAUCUACAGUCACGAUAACCCUGAGCGAGUAUAAAAAAAAUUUCAAUGUGAUAUUCGAAAAUAAAAAAUGGUUAAUUAAGGUUACGAAACCAUUGGAUUCAAAUACUAUCGAUGAUAAUUCAGAAUUAAUAAUAACUAUGGAAGCUGAGGUGAAGGGUAUUACUGCCAAAGGUGUUGGGGUGUUGGUUGUGUUAUUAGAAAAAAGUGUCGGACCGAAAUUUUCGGAGUUGUCGUAUCUAGCAAAAUAUGAGAAAGAUCAAACUGGUAGUAUAGAUUUCCAGAAACCGCUUACGUUCGAAAAUGUUGAAGAUCCAAGCGAAAUUACCAUUACGUUAGACACUUAUGAUGAGGAUUUUGAAGUUUUGUACAACGCUACGACUGAAAAAUGGUUUAUUAAAGUUAAGAAAGCUCUGGAUUCCGAUAUAUUCGAUACUGCAUCUGAAUUAGUUAUAAAAAUGACAGCUAGAAGAGAGCAGGAUAACUCUAAAACUGGUGCAGCUGUGCUGGUUAUUGAGCUAGUUGAUACUGACAAUGAAGAAGAGCCGAAAUUUUCUGAUCUAUCUUACGUAGUUAAAUACAAAAAAGGACAAACCGAAGAUAUCGAUUUUGAUCCAGAACUUUCUUUUACAAAUGUAGAUAAUGAUAAAGUCGAAAUUGAUUUGGACUCUUAUGAUGAGGAUUUUGAAGUUUUGUACAACGCUACGACUGAAAAAUGGUUUAUUAAAGUUAAAAAAGCUCUGGAUUCCGAUAUAUUCGAUACUGCAUCUGAAUUAGUUAUAAAAAUGACAGCUAGAAGAGAGCAGGAUAACUCUAAAACUGGUGCAGCUGUGCUGGUUAUUGAGCUAGUUGAUCCUGACAAUGAAGAAGAGCCGAAAUUUUCUGAUCUAUCUUACGUAGUUAAAUACAAAAAAGGCCAAACUGAAGAUAUCGAUUUUGAUCCAGAACUUUCUUUUACAAAUGUAGAUAAUUAUAAAGUUAAAAUUGAUUUGGACUCUUAUGAUGAGGAUUUUGAAGUUUUGUACAACGCUACGACUGAAAAAUGGUUUAUUAAAGUUAAGAAAGCUCUGGAUUCCGAUAUAUUCGAUACUGCAUCUGAAUUAGUUAUAAAAAUGACAGCUAGAAGAGAGCAGGAUAACUCUAAAACUGGUGCAGCUGUGCUGGUUAUUGAGCUAGUUGAUCCUGACAAUGAAGAAGAGCCGAAAUUUUCUGAUCUAUCUUACGUAGUUAAAUACAAAAAAGGCCAAACUGAAGAUAUCGAUUUUGAUCCAGAACUUUCUUUUACAAAUGUAGAUAAUUAUAAAGUUAAAAUUGAUUUGGACUCUUAUGAUGAGGAUUUUGAAGUUUUGUACAACGCUACGACUGAAAAAUGGUUUAUUAAAGUUAAGAAAGCUCUGGAUUCCGAUAUAUUCGAUACUGCAUCUGAAUUAGUUAUAAAAAUGACAGCUAGAAGAGAGCAGGAUAACUCUAAAACUGGUGCAGCUGUGUUGAUUAUUGAGCUAGUUGAUCCUGACAAUGAAGAAGAGCCUAAAUUUUCUGAUCUAUCUUACGUAGUUAAAUACAAAAAAGGACAAACCGAAGAUGUCGAUUUUACAAAUGACGUAACUUUCAAAACUGCCGAAGAUAAUAAAAACAUAAAAAUAGUUUUGGAUUCCUAUUCUGAAAACUUCGAAGUAUAUUACGACCAGACAUCAAAUAAAUGGAAAAUCCGCGUGAAAACUAAAUUAGAAGAUGAAAUAUUCACAUCUAAUAACGAACUUAUCUUUAUUAUGACAGCCACUAAUACCGUUAAUAAAAAAAGUGGACAAACAGUUCUUAUAAUGGAACUAAUCGAUGAAACUAAUGAAAACGGAAUUGAAUUUACUGAAUCUUAUUACGUGGCUCAAUAUAAACAAAAUCAAACAGGUUACGUAGACUUUGAUAAGCCGAUAUCUUUUAAAGAUGAAGAUAUGUCAAAAAUUUCUAUAAAUCUAGACACUUAUUCAGAAUACUUUGAAGUAACUUACACUUCGAACAAAUGGUGUUUGCAUGUUGUAAAGCCUCUAGAUGUUAAAAUUUUUAACGAUAACCAAGAACUCAUAUUGAUAAUGGAGGCCGAGCAAAAAGAAACUCAUAAAACUGGAAGAUCUGUUCUCGUUAUCGAAUUAAUAGAUAAUUCGAUAGAAUCCAAAACACCCCAAUUCGAAGAAGCUUAUUAUACAGCAGUAUAUCCAAGUGACGGUAAAGGAACCGUACCUUUCGAUAAAGAUAUUAAUUUUGAUAACGUAGAUGAUGUUAAUAAAGUUUCAAUUUCGAUUCAAGAUUACAAAGACAAUUUCCAAAUUAUCUACGAUAAUACUUCGAAUAAAUGGUUUAUAGACGUAAUUAUAUCGUUGGAUGAUGAUAUUCUUCGUUCCAACACUUAUCUAACCUCCACCUUAGUAGCUAAUAUUGAUGAUGAUGAUGACCACACACCUGUCAGUGCAAUUGUUUUGAAAUUACCUGAACACGAUAGCGAAUCGGCACCCACAUUUUCCAGAUCCUAUUUCAGAGCUCAGUAUGAUAUAGAUGGCGUUGAAGCGAAAGUUACUUUAGAAGAUGAUAUCGAAUUUAGUAACGACGUUGAUAAUAAUAACAUUGAGAUUGUUGCUGACGAUUAUUCAGAGUUUCUAACCUUCGAAUACGAUACAAAAACAAAAUUAUGGCAAGUCAAAGCGCUAAGUAUUUUGGAUACUGCAACGUUGAAUAAAUCAGAACUGGUUGUAGCAAUCACAGCUACUGAUAGUGAUACUAAAUUACAAGGACGUUCCGUUAUCGAUCUCAAAUUACCUAAAGUUAAUACUGAUGAUGCUCCUAGAUUUUCCAAAACGUACUACAAAGCUAAUUAUGACAUGUCUACGGAUACUGCAACCGUUAAUCUUGAAGAUCCAAUCGAUAUACUGAAUAGAAUUGAUAUGUCGACUAUAAAUAUUACUACCGACGAAUAUCGCGAUUACUUUCAAAUAACGUACGAAGACAAAUGGCAGAUCAACGUCAUAAAAAAUCUAGAUCAGUCCAUACUGAACGAAAAAAUAGACAUUAUCAUGGAACUAAUUGCUACGGAUGAAGAAGUAACUGGUAAAAUCGGCGAGGCAACUCUUUUGAUAACUCUACCAGCAGUGAGCAAUGACGAAGCCCCCAAAUUCUCGAGCAUCUUCUACGAGUCUCAGUGCAAUUCCUCCACAAAAAUAUUAGAGACAUCGCCGAUUGUUAUAACAAAUAAACCGGAUCCAUCGGAUAUAACAGUUGCCAUACAAGAAGACGAGUACAAGUCGAAUUUCGAAAUCGAAUAUAACUCGGAAACUAAUUCUUGGCAAGUUAAAGUCAAAACUCUACCGGAAAAUGAAAGAGGAAACGAUUUGGUACUUACUUUAACAGCUACGGAAACUAAUAAUAAUAAUAUAGGACAAGCUGCGUUAGUUUUAAAUUUUCCUCCAUUAGACCCGCCCGAAUUCAAUUCUAUUCAAUAUUACGGGGAAUAUGAAAUUGUGGAAAAAUCGCUUACUGUAGACAAAGUUAAAAUCGUCAAUAAACAAGAUCAAAAGAAUAAAAUUCAUUUGGUAUUAACUGAUUCGGAUCGAGAUCUUUCCAGUACAUUCGAAUUUUCCUAUAACGACGAUGAGGAUAGUUGGAAAAUUACAUUAAACGGGACGCUAGACGAUGGAUAUAUUAAUGGCAAAACUCAAUUAGUAUUAACUUUGACUGCUGAAGAAGAUGGAAACGAACUAACUGGUUCCGCGACGGUCAUUAUCAGUCUACCAACUGAAGAUAAAGACGGAAACGAUCUGAUGUUUUCAGAAUUACAUUACGAAGGAAACUAUAUCGUCAACGACGAACCCGAAGUUCAACUGAAUAACGAUAUUCAUCUUGACUCCAAACAGGAUUUGACUAAUGUAGUGUUCAUGUUUAACAUAACUGAAAAGUUGAACGCGAAUGAUUAUUUAACCAUCGAGAAGACGUCUACUUAUGGUGAUUACGUCGUGACGGUAACCAAGUCCUUACCUGCGGAUAUUUUACAAAACCAGAGAAGCCUGGCGGUUACUUUACAGGCUACUCUUGGUAAAAACAAGGCAUCUACGACUCUGGUUAUAAAUCUACCCAUACCUGGUGAAGAGAACACAAUUGAUUUCUCCAAACUUUUAUAUAAUGGCGAUUAUUCCGAAAUAGACGGAUUAGCUGUUGAAGAAAUUAGUAUUAUAACUAACGAAAAUAGUAAAAAUAUACGAGUUGAUAUUUCUAAAGAUUCUCCAUAUUACGUUUACUUCAAAGUCACUCAAUCUAAUAAAAUUGUAAAAUUAACGGCUGUUAAUAUACCGAGCGAUAUAAUAAAAGAAAUAUCCGUUAUACCUUUAACUUUAACAGCACAAUCGUCGGGUACAUCUAAAACUGGAGAAGCUGUUGUAAAUAUUAACAUACAGAGUUAUCAGGGUUCUGCUCAGUUUGAUUCGCCACUUUUUAACGGAAAAUAUGAAGUGAAAGAAAACAUUGUUACAUUGACUGUCGAACCGAUUACCUUGACCACAGAUAUAGAAGACGAUCUCAUUUCUAUUGCAGUUGAUAACGCCAUGGUAGAUUAUUUGGAUGUCUCCUAUACCAGUUCUGAAGUAUCUCUGCAAUUGAAAAAACAAUUUCCCGAAGAAUUUUUGAGUAAUUCCACUAUACCCGUGCUACUUACAGGGUCUAUCAAAAAAACUGAUGUCAAAACUCAGACUGUAGUUAAUUUAAGAAUUAUAACUGAUACGCAACCUGAUAAUAACGAUAUAUUACAAUUCGACGACGUUUUAUUCACGGCGCAAUAUUCGUUGGAAAACGGUGAAGGUAAAUUUGAACAAGAUGGAGAUAUCGGUUUAACUACAAAUCUACAAGCCGACGAAAUCGACGUUGAAAUAAGUGAAGAUUCUAUUUUCGGAGAAAACUUCGGUAUUUCCUACGCAAAUCAAAAAGUUGUUGUACAUCUUGAAAAAGAUAUAUCUACCGAUGAUUUUUAUACCAACAAUAUUAUUUCCCUUACAAUGAUAGCUACAACUUUAAAUAACACCAUAAGUACUUCGUCGGUUCUGAAUAUUCGUCUAAACAAUAACGGAGCUAGUGAUAAUGGGUAUAUAUCUUUCGAAAAACCUGUAUACAAUGGUAACUAUAUAGUCGAAAAUGAUUUGGCAACUAUUAACUAUGAUGAUAUAACAGUCGAUACUGAUGAAGAAGACGAUAAUGUUAUAGCUUCUAUUGAAGAACCUUAUGAUGCUUAUUUCAAGGUAACUUAUGCCGACAAAACGGUAAAACCUGUACUUAAAAUAAAUCAAGCCAGUUCUGUACUUAGAGACUCCACCAAUAUCGCUGUUGUUUUUUGUGUUAAAAUCAAAGAUACUAACUUAGUAGCUAAGACAGUAACUAAUUUCCAAGUUAUAGAUAAAGACGAUGGGGAAGCAAACGACGGUUCAAUAUAUUUCCCAAAACCGGUGUACAAUGGGGUCUAUAAUGCGAAUAGCGACACAUUAACAGAAGAUGAUAUCAUAAUAAUAACUCAACAUCCUGAUACAGAUAUGGAAGUGAAAAUUUCGAACGAAUACCAAUACGAAAAAUAUUUCUCGGUUGAGUUAAAAAAUAACCAAGUAAAUAUUAGUUUGAAGGAAAAAUUACCGAAAGACGUGGUGGAUCAGUUGGGUUAUAUAGCUUUGACUAUAAAAGUUACAUUAAAAAGCAAUCAAAAGAUAUUCGCCGAAACCGUUUUGAAUGUAGAAGUCCGAGGAAAAGCACGCGACAGCGUUGGAUCGAAUGAUCAGAAAUAUAUAAUCGCCGUAUCUGUAUUAUCGGUGGUGCUAUUUUUAGUGAUAAUUGGAGUGAUUGCAGCAUAUUUUUUCUUAUUUAGGAAAUCCAAAUACGAAAAAAUGAGUGAAGAUGAAUACAUAAAUAGCAAAGUUAAAUUUGACAAAAGUACGUUGAAGAGAGGAUCUACUGAUAGAUCUAGGUCUUCGGCACUAGAAGAAAGACGUCCCACAGGAUACGUUUUUGAGGGUAAUGAACCCAGAGAAUCCACCACUGAGGGUCCGGUUAUGGAAAGAAAAAAAUCCGUCGCUUUCGACGAACGAGUCGAAAAAAUGCAACUAGGCGAAGUAAACGAUGACGAUAUUGACAAAAUUCCUAAACAAAUAACAGAACUGUGAAUAUUAUGGAAACUUAACGAUGUUUUUUAUCAAAUUUUUAUAUAUUUAUUCUAGUUUUUUAAUAGACAAAGUGUAAUAUAGAACGUUUAAAUAAAA